GAAGAAAUUAGAACAUACAUAAAGCUUCCAAAGCAUCAUUGUAUAUACAUAAACCAAUUAUUAUACAACAUACUUAAAACAAUAAAUUUCCUGAUCUAAUGUCAAAAACAGGGACAUACACAUACCAAAAAAAGGGUCAGUAAGUCAUCUGUAUCAGACAGGGAUCUAUUUGUAAAUAAAUGGACAAGUUUCCUAAUGAUCUGCUCAAAAUUCUCCAAAAUGAAAUACAAAAGGUAACACAUGAAAAGAGGAUUAAGUUUUUAAGUAAAUACUGCACUGAAUGGCAAAUAAUGCGAAACUGGGGUUACAGAUUCAGAUCAUCAUGAUAACAUCGGUUGUGUGAGUUGGUGUUGGAAUAUAAGUAUUAAUACUAUUGUGAGACGGUUAUUUAUGGACAAAAUCAAGAGACUCAACGGACCGAAGCAGACAGUAAUAGUAACAGCAACAGCAACAGAUUUUAAGGUUAUAAAUGGGGAGUGGAUCCUUGCUUAAAAGUUCCAGCUGCACAACAAGUGGAAAGACAAUAACAAGAUUAAGGCACAUUCUGUCCGAUCCACUGCACACAUUUAACAGCUAAAGCUGCUGCGAUGCCUCCUAUGUCUCGAGAAACAUCCAGUUCCGAUGAGGUUCUUAUGCAGCAAAGCUUGUUGUUCUCUGAAAGUCUCAAGGGUUUGAAGAAUCUGAGAACACAGCUAUACUCAGCAGCUGAGUAUUUUGAGGUAUCUUACACCAAUGAUGAUCAAAAGCAGAUGGUGGUAGAAAUAUUGAAAGAUUAUGCCAUCAAAGCUCUUGUGAACACUGUAGAUCAUUUGGGUUCAAUGACAUACAAGGUUAAUGAUCUUUUGGACGAAAAUCUCGAACAGGUUUCAGGAACAAAGCUCCGAGUAUCUUGUAUCGAACAGAGGCUAGAGACAUGCCGAGCCUUAAUCGAUCGUGAAGGGCUUUCCCAACAGUCGCUGGUCAUUAAUAUGCCAAAGUACCAUAAACGGUACAUCUUGCCAGCUGGGGAAAGCAUUAAUGGUGCAAACAGAACAAAGUUGAAAUUCGUAGGAUGUGGCCUAGACGAUGAAGAUGACUGGCAUCAGUUAAGGAAUGCUGUCCGCGCUACAAUUCAAGAAACCCCGACAUCUUCAGUCUCCAGAACCCCGAUGUCGUUCCGUGAUCAUUGCAGGAAAGGCCAUUCUCCAACACUUUCUCCGCCGCCUCUGCAGCAAUCCGCAAUCUUUUCCUUUAUGGACACCAUGCGAGAGAAGCAAACAGUAUCACCACAUCGAUUUCCGCUUUCACGGUCUGAAUCCAUCAGCAGGCCUACAACCCCAAAUAAGAGCCAGCCGACUACUCCGAAUUCAGCCAGUGUGAUGCAGCGGUAUCCAUCAGGGACUCGAAAAUCAGCCUCGAUGCGUCUUCAAUCGGAGAAAGGUAGCCCCAAAGACAUUGAUCAGUAUCCGAACAAAAGUAAGAGACUCCUCAAAGCAUUGCUUAGUCGUCCGAAAUCAAAGAAAGAUGAGAUGCUAUAUACUUAUCUGAACGAAUAUUGAGAAAAAAAUCUUCAAGGAUGAUGAUGAUAGAGGGCCUAUAAAAUAGCCAGUGACGGUGGCAAAGAAACUAAGAGAGGGAAUCCAGUGAGGAAAGCCUCUACACUUGCACCUCUUCGUUCUUUAUUUUUGUUCACGGAAGGCCAAAAAGUUCAGAUAUAAAAGAAGGAAAGUCUCUAGAUUGAAUCCUGGGUUCGGUUACCUUCUCUUCUAUCCACAACCAAUGUAUAUUUUUUCUGUAGUAUUUCAAAGUUGGCCUGCAAUGAUGUGUGUGUAUGCAUAUAUCAUUGUUAACCAGACAUUGCAUGCAAUAUUGAUAGAAGCCUUUUGAAGUUUAAUUGAGUUAGUUUUUACUAUUUAAAGUUCUACCUAACAUGGUCACAGUUAUUUCAUCAUGUCCUAUAUUUUAACCAAUGUUGCAAAUAACUAUUUCACAUCCGGGUUUAAUUUUAUAAGACUUGGUUUAGCUUCAUUUUGGAAAAA